AUGUCUCCUCAGACGUUUUACGAUUUCAACCCGAAUGACAGAAACGAAAAGCCCUUCCCCCUUGCUUCGCUAAGGGGAAAGGUAGUCUUGAUAGUCAACACCGCAUCACGAUGCAGCUUCACUCCACAGCUAGACGAGCUCGAACAGCUCUAUCAGAGAAUCGAGGCACAAUACCCUAAGAGAUUCCAGAUUCUCGCAUUCCCCUGCAAUCAAUUCGGAAACCAGGACCCUGGCUCCAACGAAGAGAUUCAGACAUUCUGCCGAGUGAACUACGGCGUCACGUUUCCCGUACUUGCGAAAGUUGAUGUGAAUGGCCCAAACGCCGCUCCAUUAUGGACGUGGAUGAAGGAAAAACAGCCAGGUAUAUUUGGUCUGACGCGCAUCAAAUGGAACUUUGAGAAAUUUCUCAUCUCAGCCGAAGGCCAAAUCGUUGGUCGUUGGUGGAGUAUGGUCAAGCCUGGGUCCUUGGAGGAGAUAAUUGUAAACGAGAUUGUAAAUGAGGGUACUGGAACUGCCCGACAAGGAGAAUACGCAAGUGUCUAG